AUUUCUUCGAUGCCAGCAUCACUAGCGCAGACAUCCGUAGAAAUCAGAUGCGAAUGACUCCGCAUCCAGAGAAAGAAUUGGUGACCCCGCCAAAUGGUCUCUCCAAGAGGUUGCAGUCUGAGGAUUCGACGCCAACUCCUUGGAAGCGGCCAUGCUUUAGGCCGAGGUGCCAGGAUGGCUGGAAGUUGGCCGAAGCCAUGCCGGGGUUCCCAGCUGGAACAGCCCUUGAUCCUGGAGAUGACGCUUUUGUCAUCGGGAACAAAGCUUUGGGCCAGCUGGAUGGGCAGGACUGCAUUCUUCAGAGGGCCGGAGACACUGAAGAAGACGAAGUCGAAGGUAGCAGUGAUGCCGGCAGUGUGGCGCUGAGUGAGGGCCUGGAGCGGCUCCUUUGGUCGGACGACGAGGAGCCACCUGAACGUGCGAAGCAAGGCAUCGCCUGUGACUCGCUGGUGCCAGUUCCGCAGCUCACCACAGAGACCCUCAGGCGCCUGCCCAGCUUGACUUUGGCAAUCCAAGACGCGCCGCAGGCUCCGGAAAAGCUGCCGGAUUCGCUGGAGCUGGCACCGGUGGUUGCGUACGGGCGGAGCAGAAAGCGCGGAGGCGAUUCCAUCAAGACGAUCCAGGCAGUGCAAGCUUCUUCGCUGCCUCCUUUGGCCUUGCCACCGCCGGAACCACUUACUGCCUUGCCGCCUUUGAGUGUGCUGCUUGAGGCCGGCCGCGCCUCCUUUAGGGCAGCAAGAGAAGCAGCAAGCCGUGCUGCGCCUGAGGUUCCUGCGCCAUCAGCCUGGCUGUAUCCUUCGCGCCCGUAUCCCUCGCACGCCUGGCAGUGGGAUAGCCCUGAUCCAUCUCCAAGGCAGGGAGACCCUGGCUUCCUCAACUAUGCGCGAAGUGCGCUGGAGCGAUUCAGGACGUCCGGGGAAGAGGCGGAAGCAUUGAAGGGGUCAGAUGCGAUGCCGCUGCAGAGGUAUCAGCUCCGGGUGGCCUUCCUGCUGCAUCCCUUGUCCCCGCUCUCCCGGCUGCUGGUGGUCCACGCCACCGGCUCCGGCAAGACGCGCACGGUGCUCGCCGCCGCGGACUCGUUCUACCGUUCUGGCAAAGCAACAUGCCUCUUCUUUCCAGAGGAAGCUGUGAAGGAGAAUUUCUAUCAGGAGAUCCUGAAAUUUCCGGGCGCUUGGCGGGACUUCUUCUGCGCCUGCUGUGAUGUGCCGAACUGGCGGCAGAGGCGGCACCGCUCCUGGUGGCCGGAGGAAGUGGCCCAGUAUAGCCCCGCAGAGGUAGAGGCGUGUCUGGGCAUGGAGCGGAAGAUCCGCCUGGGCUGUAUCGCUGGCAGCUUCAUUGAGGAGUGGUCCAGACUGCACCCGGAUGUGCCGCCUCCCCUGGCUCCUCUGAGAGCCUUCAAGUACACCGCCGCGGGCGGCUCGCGCGGAGGAUGGAAGAGGAACGGCGAGUUUGAGCCCUCCAGGAUGGACAGUGUGUUUCGCUUCGGCUUCGAUGGGAAGAACCCCAUGAGCAACAAGAACCUGGUCUUUGACGAGGUUCACAACAUGCUGGCGCUCCCCAGGUGGAAGGGCAACUACUGGAAGGAACCGUUGCGGAGGUUGCGCAAGGCCGUGGCAUCCUGUCACGGCUCCACUCUGGUCUUCCUUACCGGCAGCCCUGUGCAGACGGACGCAGAAGACGGCCAGCGCCUGCUGCGAGUGCUGAAGGGGAAGGAGCACAGUGACAAGGGACCAGAGGGCUGGCUGGAUGUGCACAUGGAGCGCCCUGCGGAGCACUUUCCAAAGGUGUACCCACAAGGAGUGCCAGACCGGCCUUUGUGCCCGGAGCUGGAAAGUGAGCUGGUGACCCAGGUGGAGCUGCCUGAGGAGAUGGAGACGAAGUAUUUGGAGGUGGAGAGCCAGGGUGCGGAUAUUGUGAGGCUGAGAGAUCAGUGCAACUUGGCAGUGCAUCACAGCUGGGCGCUUCGUCCUCAAAAGCGGCCGUUGACCAUUGAGGCGGCGGAGCAGCACUGCCGCAAGUUGCUGGAGGUGGCAAAGGCCCUAUGGUCCAAGGGCGAGAAGGCGAUGGCUGCCGUGUCGAGGCGAGGAGGCUUGCAGGUGCUGAAGGAGCUGCUGCGCCGCCACGCUCCGGACGAGGAGGUGAAGAUCGCAGUCUUUUCAGGCCAUUGCAGCUGCGUGGUCUCCAAGACGGGGGAAGUCCGCGUGGAGCCGGCCGAGGCACUGCGGCGAUUCAACGACGUGAAGCAAGCUGAGGUGAGAGUGCUCCUCUUGGACACUGCCUUCGGCAGGGAGGGCUUGUCAGCCCUAGGAGUCGGCCAGCUUCAUUUGGUGGACGUGCCUGGCAGCUGGGCCGAGUACAAGCAAACCGUCGGACGAGCGAUCCGCUUCGGGGACGUGAAGAAGGGAUCUCGCCAAAGCCCAGGACGGAGCCUGCAAGUGUACCUCUGGGCCGCAAGGCUGCCCAGGGAUGAGUCGGCAGAUGAGGUAUUGCUGGCGCAGCUGCGCGACCAAGGCGCGGAGCUUUGCGCGGCAGAGGAGGCCUUGGCGGCCUGGAGCAUCACGCAGGUGACGCGAACGUGAGCUGAGGGGGUGGGCUCAUUUGGGGAGGGGAAUGCAGGAAUGGCAGCGACUUGCAGUCAACCAAC